UCAGUAGGAAGUUUCUGCUGGGGUCUGGAGUGGAACUACAUAAGUCUGACCGUCCCUGUAUGACUGGACAAUAAGCAGAACCCAGGAUACAAAGAGUCUUCAUGUCUAAUAUUUAGACAUGUUCAGCUUUGUGGAUUCCCGGUUACUGCUUUUGAUAGCAGCAACUGUUCUACUCACCAAUGGCCAAGGCGAAGAAGACAUUCCAUCUAAAGGAAGCUGCACACAGGACGGACUAAGGUACAAUGACAAAGAUGUUUGGAAACCAGAACCCUGCCAGAUCUGCGUUUGCGACAGCGGCAACAUCCUUUGCGACAGCAUGGUCUGUGAAGAAGAUCUGAAUUGCGAAAAUCCCGAGAUCCCCUUUGGAGAAUGCUGUCCAGUCUGUCCUGAAUCAGGCGCCUCUGUUCCCUACCCAGAAACUGGAGUAGAGGGUCCUAAAGGAGAGCCAGGCCCAAGAGGAGACAGGGGACUUCCAGGCCCACCCGGCAGAGACGGCAUUCCCGGACAACCUGGACCCCCAGGCCCUCCAGGCCCCCCUGGUCUCGGCGGAAACUUUGCUCCUCAACUGUCUUACGGUUAUGAUGAAAAAUCCGGUGGCCUCUCUCUUCCUGGCCCCAUGGGUCCAGCUGGUCCCCGUGGUCUUCCUGGCCCCCCUGGUGCCCCUGGCCCCCAAGGUUUCCAAGGUCCCCCUGGUGAACCCGGAGAGGCUGGAGCUUCUGGUCCAAUGGGUCCCCGUGGUCCAGCCGGCCCCCCUGGAAAGAACGGAGAUGAUGGUGAAGCUGGUAAACCUGGCCGUCCUGGUGAACGUGGGGCUCCUGGCCCACAGGGUGCCCGUGGUCUUCCCGGAACUGCUGGCCUGCCAGGCAUGAAGGGACACCGAGGUUUCAGUGGUCUUGAUGGUGCUAAAGGUGAUGCUGGUCCAGCUGGCCCCAAGGGUGAGCCUGGUAGCCCUGGUGAAAAUGGUGCUCCUGGACAAGUGGGUCCCCGUGGUCUUCCUGGUGAGAGAGGCCGCCCUGGUCCUGCUGGCCCUGCUGGUGCUCGUGGUAAUGAUGGUGCUGCCGGUGCUGCUGGUCCUCCAGGCCCCACUGGUCCAGCUGGUCCUCCUGGCUUCCCUGGUGCCGCUGGCCCUAAGGGUGAAACUGGUGCCCAAGGUUCUCGUGGUAGUGAAGGCCCACAAGGUGCUCGUGGUGAACCUGGCCCACCUGGUCCUGCUGGCUCUGCUGGUCCUUCUGGCAAUCCUGGUUCUGAUGGUCAACCUGGUGCCAAAGGUGCCACUGGUGCUCCCGGUAUUUCUGGCGCUCCCGGCUUCCCUGGUGCUCGUGGUCCAGCUGGACCUCAAGGCCCCAGCGGCGCUCCUGGUCCCAAGGGUAACAGCGGUGAACCUGGUGCUCAAGGAAACAAAGGAGAUGCUGGUGCUAAAGGCGAACCUGGCCCUGCUGGUAUCCAAGGCCCACCUGGUCCACCUGGUGAGGAAGGCAAAAGAGGAUCUCGUGGUGAACCUGGACCUGCUGGUUUGCCUGGACCUGCUGGUGAACGUGGUGCUCCCGGAAGCCGUGGUUUCCCUGGCUCUGAUGGCAUUGCUGGUCCCAAGGGCCCCCCUGGUGAACGUGGCUCUCCUGGCCCUGCUGGUGCCAAAGGAUCUCCUGGUGAAUCUGGACGCCCUGGUGAACCUGGUCUCCCUGGAGUCAAGGGUCUGACUGGUAGCCCUGGCAGCCCUGGUCCCGAUGGCAAGACUGGCCCCACUGGCCCUGCUGGUCAAGAUGGUCGCCCCGGACCUGCAGGUCCACCUGGUGCAAGAGGUCAAGCUGGUGUAAUGGGAUUCCCUGGACCAAAAGGCGCUGCUGGUGAACCUGGCAAGCCUGGUGAGAGAGGUGCUCCUGGAGCUGUUGGUGCCGUUGGUGCUCCCGGUAAAGAUGGUGAAACUGGUGCACAGGGACCCCCUGGCCCAACUGGUCCUGCUGGAGAAAGAGGUGAACAAGGUCCCGCUGGAGCUCCUGGAUUCCAGGGUCUUCCCGGUCCCGCUGGUGCCCCUGGUGAAUCUGGAAAGCCUGGUGAACAGGGUGUUCCUGGUGAUGUUGGUGCUCCUGGUCCAUCUGGUGCAAGAGGAGAGAGAGGUUUCCCUGGUGAACGUGGUGUCCAAGGCCCUGCAGGUCCUGCUGGCCCCCGUGGGGCUAAUGGUGCUCCUGGUAACGAUGGUGCUAAGGGUGAUGCUGGUGCUCCCGGUGCUCCCGGAAACCAAGGUCCUCCUGGCCUCCAGGGUAUGCCUGGUGAACGUGGUGCUGCUGGUCUGCCUGGUGCCAAGGGUGACAGAGGUGACCCAGGUCCCAAAGGUGUUGAUGGUGCUCCUGGCAAGGAUGGAGUUAGAGGCCUGACUGGACCCAUUGGCCCACCUGGACCAGCUGGUGCUACCGGUGACAAGGGUGAAGCUGGUCCCUCUGGCCCUGCUGGCCCAACUGGUGCUCGUGGUGCUCCUGGAGAUCGUGGUGAGCCUGGCCCUGCUGGACCUGCUGGUUUUGCUGGCCCCCCUGGUGCUGAUGGACAACCUGGCGCUAAAGGUGAAUCUGGUGAUGCUGGUGCUAAAGGUGAUGCUGGUGCUCCUGGCCCUGCUGGAGCCACUGGACCUCCUGGACCUGCUGGUGCCGUUGGUGCUCCUGGACCCAAAGGUUCUCGUGGAAGUGCUGGACCCCCUGGUGCUACUGGAUUCCCCGGAGCCGCUGGAAGAGUUGGACCCCCUGGCCCAUCUGGUAACAUCGGUCUUCCCGGCCCACCAGGCCCAAGUGGCAAGGAGGGUGCCAAAGGACCACGUGGUGAGACUGGACCUGCUGGCCGUGCUGGUGAAGCUGGACCUGUUGGCCCACCUGGACCUCCUGGCGAGAAGGGAUCUCCUGGUGGUGAUGGACCUGCUGGUGCCCCUGGUACUCCUGGCCCACAAGGUAUUGCUGGACAACGUGGUGUGGUUGGUCUUCCUGGACAAAGAGGCGAGAGAGGUUUCCCUGGUCUUCCUGGACCAAGUGGCGAGCCUGGCAAACAAGGCCCAUCUGGACCUAAUGGCGAACGUGGACCUCCCGGCCCAAUGGGACCCCCUGGUUUGGCUGGACCUCCUGGUGAAGCUGGACGUGAGGGUUCUCCUGGCGCAGAAGGUGCUCCUGGACGUGAUGGUGCUGCUGGUCCUAAGGGUGAUCGUGGUGAGACUGGCCCAGCUGGUCCUCCUGGCGCUCCUGGUGCUCCUGGUGCCCCUGGCCCCAUUGGCCCUGCUGGCAAGAAUGGAGACCGUGGUGAGACUGGUCCCGCUGGCCCUGCUGGCCCUGCUGGCCCUGCUGGUGCUCGUGGUCCUAAUGGCCCACAAGGUCCUCGUGGUGACAAGGGUGAGACUGGUGAACAAGGAGACAGAGGCAUGAAGGGUCACAGAGGAUUUUCUGGUCUUCAGGGUCCCCCUGGUCCCCCUGGCUCUCCUGGUGAACAAGGUCCCUCCGGCUCUUCUGGCCCUGCUGGUCCAAGAGGACCUCCUGGCUCUGCUGGUGCCGCAGGCAAAGAUGGUCUGAAUGGUCUCCCUGGUCCCAUUGGCCCACCUGGUCCCCGUGGUCGUACUGGUGAUGUUGGCCCUGCUGGUCCUCCCGGACCUCCCGGCCCACCUGGUCCCCCAGGCCCACCUAGCGGUGGCUUUGACUUCAGCUUCAUGCCCCAGCCUCCUCAGGAGAAAGCUCAUGAUGGUGGCCGCUACUACAGAGCUGAUGAUGCCAACGUGAUGCGUGACCGUGACCUGGAAGUUGACACUACCCUCAAGAGCCUGUCCAUGCAGAUUGAGAACAUCCGUAGUCCCGAGGGAACCCGUAAGAACCCAGCCCGCACUUGCCGUGACCUGAAGAUGUGCCAUGGAGACUGGAAGAGCGGCGAGUACUGGAUUGACCCCAACCAAGGUUGCAACUUGGAUGCCAUCAAGGUCUACUGUAACAUGGAGACUGGACAGACUUGUGUCCACGCAUCUCAGCCUAACAUUGCCCAGAAGAACUGGUACAUCAGCAAGAACCCCAAGGAGAUGAAGCAUGUCUGGUUUGGUGAGACAAUGACCGAUGGCUUCCAGUUCGAAUAUGGUAGUGAAGGUUCCAACCCAGCUGACGUUAACAUCCAACUUACUUUCUUGCGCUUGAUGUCCACUGAAGCCUCCCAGAACAUCACCUACCACUGCAAGAACAGCGUGGCUUACAUGGACCAACAAAGUGGCAACUUGAAGAAGGCUCUGACCCUCCAGGGCUCCAACGAGAUCGAGAUCAGAGCAGAAGGCAACAGUCGUUUCACUUAUGGAGUCAUUGAAGAUGGCUGCACGAGUCACACUGGCAGUUGGGGAAAGACAGUCAUCGAAUACAAAACAACAAAAACUUCCCGGUUGCCCAUCAUUGAUGUGGCUCCCAUGGACGUUGGUGCCCCAGACCAGGAAUUCGGCCUUGAGAUUGGACCCGCCUGCUUCUUGUAAAUCCAAAAGGAAACCUGACAGUUUAAAAAAUAAAAUAAAAAACAGCCAAAAAAGAAGGAAAUUUCACAUGGACUUGAAUUUGUGUCUUUUUCUAUCCAUCAUCUCUAAAACUAUUUUUGUUUCCGUAAAAAAAAACAAAAAAGCAUUAAACCAAAAAAAUAAAAAUAAAUGACUUUUCAAAAAUAAUUAAGGAAGUGCAUCCACUUGCUUGACUUUUUUUAUUGAAAAAAUCCCCGAAGACAGAAUGGUUUAAUUUUAUCUUCUUCUCCUUCUUCUUUUUUGUUAAGAGCAUGUAAUAGCUUGGGACCACUAUUUGCACAUUCCAGAAGGACAUAUAUAUAAAAGCCAUCUAGUUCAAACCAACUAACACCUGAUAUACUACUUCUACCAGUUUUGAAAUAGCUACUUCUACAACAUGAGGAAUACUAAACUAAUGGUAGAACCUGCCCAUCGCAAUCCUUAUAAUAAUAAUAAAUCCUACUUCCUUAACCUGGAGUUGGAAAAAUCCCAAAAUUUACCUACAAGUCAUCUUUCUCUGCAGAAAGAUUUUUCUUUUCUUUUUUACAGAGCAAUACCACUGAAAAGAUUAUUCUUUCAGACUUUUAUAAAUGUGCAUUUUUCCUUAUUUGUUCAGCUGGCAGCAGAAAGAAAAUGUGAUAAAACCCAUAUUAAUGAGAGUAGUUUUCAAAACAGGGAACUGUUGAGAUGUAAAGAACUUUUGAAUAGCUCAUGUCCCUGUGAAAGAUGCCAGAGAUUUCCUUCCCUAGAAGAACAGAGAGAGGGAAAAUAGGUUUGUAAGAGUUAUAUAGAUUGUGUUGGUGAAACAACUGCAGGAAAACAAUGUCCAGUAAUACCAAAAAGCAGAGAAAAUGUAAUGUUAAAUGUAUAUUAUUGUUGUAUGGACAGCUACCUCACCAUUGUCAUUUUCAAGUUCUUUGGGGUAGUUUUGGGAUUUUAAGACUAACCAUACCAGGUUGCCUUAGGGCAGGGAGGAAUGGGUCAGGGCUCCAAGUUUAGAUAAAGGUGCUAACUGUGUCUUCUAUUUUUAUUUUUUAACUUUUUAGUCUGCUAUGUUAAUCAUUUUCAGGUCCCAUGGAAUUCUUUUUGAGAUGAUGAAAUCUAUUUAACAGACAAAAACCUUGCCCCUCCAAGCGAAUGUGUUGCAAAGAGGGGGCCACUUGGUGCUAUAGGAAUGAGAGUAGUGGAGGGGGCAAGCCAAUUUGGUGCCUUGCUACCCAACAAUACUUGUGAAUUUUUUCAAAAGGUGCUAAUUAUUUUUAUUCUUUCUUUUUUUAAAAACACGCAACAACAACAAAAAUUAACCCAGGAUAAGGAAAAAAAACAAAUAAAUUAAACAUUGCUAAAAGGGAUCGAGGUCUGAACAGUUUCUGUCUUUCUCUUGUAAAGCCGGUGGAUUCCCUGUUGGCUUGUUUUUCCUCUCCUCAUCCAGUUCUUCUCCACCAUCAUCCCUUUCUGAUUUUCCAUCUCUCCUUCCACCCUGCAAAAGCAAACUCUUGCACCAACCCUCUCUCGUUGUCUCAUGGUCCUCACUUGCUGCUGAUCCAUCAUCCUUUUUUCCUCUCCUCAUUCACUUCAUCUCCUUUGUUAUCCCCAUUUCCACUCUGGUUCCCCUCUGUCUUUCGGUGGGUUUCCAAUUUCAAGCAAACCCAUUCCUCUCUUUAACAAGAGGCAGAUGUUCUAGGGAGUGUGAGCGACCGAAGAUUCUGUACCUAUUUUGUAUAUGUAUUAUAAUUUGAGAUGUUUUUAAUUAUUUUGACUGCUGAAAUAAAGCAUGUGAAAUGAUCCAAAUA